AUGGCUAUGAAAUUCGAUAGUAUUGAAGGUUCAGGAUAUCCAACCGCAUUAGCAGCUUUUUCAGCAGGAGUGUCUCUCUGCUCCACAUCCUUAGGGUCAACUUUUAUUAUUCUCGCAUCCGCAAACCUUCAGAAAACACCAAUCGGUACUUUAAUAGCUGGCGCGGCAAUGCUAGAUGAUAUUCUUGUUCUCGUGAUGGUUAAAAUCAUAACAGCACUCGGACAAGGUCAAUCUGAUUCUUGGACAAUUGCCCGUCCUGCCAUAUCUAGUUUGGGUCUUAUUCUUGCCACUUUCUUGCUGACGCCGUUUCUUCUCAAACUUUCGCUUCGCGGUUCCCAUUCAAUAUUUACAUAUCCGAAAGUUGGCCAAGAAACUUUUGGUGAGGAUAUUGAUACCGAGAAGGGAAUUUCGCGACAUACCGGAUUUAUACUAUCGACUUUGAUGCUUAUAGUUCUUGUAACUAUUGCCGCUUGUGUAGAAGGUUCGAUAUUACUCUCUGCAUUCUUAGCUGGUGCUGUGGUGAGACAUACUUGGCAAACUGUGGGUGGUGGAGAGGAUAUAGAUUUGGGUGUGGAUCGACCUACAAUGAUGUUUGAGGAGUAUUACAAGCCUAUUAUAGAUCAUAUAUUAGUGCCUUUCUUCUUCGCAUCAAUAGGUUUCUCCAUCCCCGUCUCCGAAAUGUUUUCCGGUUCCAUCUUGUGGAAAGGAAUCCUCUACGGUUGCUUGAUGUUUCUAGCCAAAGCUUCCGUGGGAGUAGUUGUCUAUUUUGAAUUCUUCGCCACAGAGUGGUCUCACAAUUGGACAGACUCUAAAAAGAUAACACUCCCAAUAGUAGAAGAACUUCCCCAACAAGACGGCUCACCUGAAGAAGUCCCUACAAACAAUAUCGUAAAUCAAAAAUUGAAAAAAGGCCCCCCUCAUCUCGAUGCAAUUAUUGUAGGGUCCACAAUGAUUGCUCGAGGAGGCUUUGGCUUCCUGGUAGCUUCAGAAGCGCAAAGCUCAGGCACCUUAGGUCUUUCCAAAACGCCAAUCAGGAUCCUAAAUAUGCAAGGUCUCUCGCACAAGAUUACCUGGAGAUUCAGAACACUAAAUGUACUCGAAGACCAAAUAUUCUUGGUGAUAAUCUGGGCGUUAGUUCUAUGUACGAUCGUUGGGCCGGUUGUUUCGGGGAUUGCAGUGAGAAGAAAACUGGUUAAGGAGAGGGAAGGAGAGAGAUGCGAGUGUGGGGUUGCCGUUGGGCAGAGAAUUUUCGGGACUGGGGAUGAGGGCUAG